GCGGCUGUCCCAGGAAAAGGUGCCGGUAGAGCCCCGCAGCGUUCGCGGCUCCGAGGGGUGCCCGCAGCGCUGGGUAGCGGUUUCCUGGAAAAGCUGCCUUGGUCUAAUUAAAGAGGAAAACCGAAAGCCCGCUCGGCCAGAAAUGUGAAUAAGCAAAUAAUGUGUGUUUGGAGCCUCAGUACGGGGGAAGAAAGAUUAAAACUUCUGAUAACGCAUGUUUCUGGCAGCGAAGGUGAAGAAGUGCAGGCGCAGUGUCUCUUGCUGUGGUGCUCUGAAGGUGGCUUUCAUUGGGAAUUCCUGGAGUGGAAUAGCUGCUGCUUCCAUCCUGCUUCAGGACCUUCUGCAGCUCUGUGAUUGCUGAUACGUGCUUGACAGCCUCAAGGGAUCCUGGCAAGAUGGCAUCUUCCAGACUUCCCAUCCUUAUAGCAUUGGCAUUUUCCUCUUUGCCCUUUGUUCUUUCACAUUCAAACAGGGUAAUGUGGUUUCAGGAGUUCUUUCCACCUAAUGUGUGCCCUAUAAAUGCCAAAGCAAACACUUUUUAUGGCAUCAUGUUUGAUGCAGGAAGCACUGGAACCCGCAUUCAUAUUUACACCUUUGUGCAGAAGAGCCCAGAAAAACUUCCAGAGGUGGAAGGGGAAAUCUUUGAGUCUGUGAAGCCAGGUCUGUCUGCAUAUGCUGAUCAGCCUGAAAAGGGUGCUGAAACUGUCAAAACAUUGCUGGACAUGGCCAUAGAUGCUGUGCCACCUCAUCUCUGGAAAAAGACCCCAGUAGUGUUAAAAGCCACAGCUGGACUUCGCUUGCUGUCAGAGGAGAAAGCUCAGGCUCUGCUUUCAGAGGUGAAAGAAGUCUUUGAGGAAUCACCAUUCCUUGUUCCAGAGGACAGUGUUGGCAUCAUGGACGGAUCUCAUGAAGGAAUUUUAGCCUGGAUCACUGUGAACUUUCUGACAGGACAGCUGUCUGGCCAGAACCAGCAAACUGUUGGGACUCUGGACUUGGGAGGAGCCUCAACCCAAAUCACAUUCCUGCCACGUUUUGAGGAAACUCUGAAGGAAACCCCUGGGGAUUUUGUUACCUCAUUUGAAAUGUUUAAUAGCACCUACAAGCUCUAUACCCACAGCUAUUUGGGGUUUGGACUGAAAGCUGCAAGACUGGCAACGCUUGGAGCUUUGAAUAUGGAAGUUGUGGAUGGACAAAUGUUCCGCAGUUCUUGUUUGCCAAAGCAGUUGGAAGCAGAGUGGCACUUUGGGGGAGUGAAAUAUCGGUAUGGUGGCAACAAAGAAGGAGAAACAGGAUUCAAGCCUUGCUACUUGGAAGUACUCAAGGUUGUCAAAGGGAAACUUCACCAACCAGAUGAGAUUCGUGGAAGUUCCUUCUAUGCUUUCUCCUAUUACUAUGACCGAGCAGCUGACACCAACCUAAUCGAUUAUGAACGCGGAGGUGUUUUGGAAGUGAGAGAUUUUGAAAGAAAAGCCAAAGAAGUCUGUGAUAACAUGGAGAGAUACAACUCAGCCAGUCCUUUCCUCUGCAUGGAUCUCACUUACAUCACUGCUUUAUUAAAGGAAGGUUUUGGAUUUAGGGACAACACAGUCUUAAAGUUGACAAAGAAAGUAAACAACAUAGAGACAAGUUGGACUUUGGGUGCUACCUUUUACCUGCUGCAGUCUCUGGGGAUGACUUACUGACCUGUGAUACUGCUGUGGACUUCAGCCUUUCUGAAAAUGCUGAGAAAAUAAAUUGCAAUCUCCAGGUAUAUUGUUCAGCUGGGACUGGUUACAGAGCAGAACGUGGACCAAAGAGAUACAACAGAUCUUUACCCUGGAUUGGCAUUGUGCCUAAUGUGAGCAUGAUUUAUAACUGUGAUUGCCAUAAAUGAUCCAGAAUCUGCCUUAUGAAAGUAAAAAGGUCUAAACCCCAGCAGAGAAUAUGCAAAGGGCUCAAAACCAGCUUUCACCAGCAAGUUUGUUAGAAGCACAGACUUCCUGGAUGUGGUGGCAGACUACAGACAUGUGAUUUCUCCUACCCCCUUCUAUUUUAAACAUACAUAACUUAAGUUUGCUUGUGAGACGUUAAAUACAGAAAUCAGAAAUAGCAUCAACAGUCAUUCAGAGAAAAGUGAACAACUCUGGAUGCUGCCAACCUCAGUGUUUCAAGAAUCCAGCUGCUAGCUUAGCAAAUACAUGGCAAGAAUACUCCAGGUCUUUCAAGAAGGGCCUGCUGUAAGUACAAUUUGGGCAUGGUUUUAGGAAAGGUGUUGGCUAAAACAGUAAUUUACCAAGCAUUUUUUUUAGGCAGUAGGCAUUUCCUAAGCAGAAUGUGUGCCUGUGUUUCAGUUUUGCUGCCCUUUACAAGUCUGUACAGCU